AUGCGUUUAACUGUAUUUUUAAUUGCGGUAAUUUUGGUUGUAACCGUAUCGGCAGGAGGUGGUGGAGGAGGCUUUGGCGGUGGUAACCAAUGGGCCAAUAAACAAGGUGGUUAUGGUGGUGGUGGUAGCAGAGGUGGUUAUGGUGGCGUUGGCUCCAAUAAUCCUUGGGCGAAUAAACAAAGUGGAGGUGCCUCAUAUGGUGGCGGUUUUGGCUCAAAUCCUUGGGCAAAUAAACAAGGUGGUUUUGGAAAUGGUGGAGGAGGUAGAGGCGGCUUCGCUGGUAAACAUGGUGGCUCUGGUGGUUUUGGUGGAUAUAAUGGCGGUGGUGGAGGCGGAGGAUUUGGUGGUUUUGGAGGUCAUGGUGGAUCCAGUGGAGGUUAUAGUGGUCAUGGUGGAUCCAAUGGAGGUUAUGGCGGUCAUGGUGGAAACAAUGGAGGUUUCGGAGGUCAUGGUGGUGGCAACAAUGGCGGUUUUGGUGGCAAUCAUGGUGGUUGGGGAUACAAACAGGGCGGUGGCAACCCAUGGGCCAACAAACAUGGUGGUGGCAGAGGUUCUUGGUAA